AUGGCACACAGCAAGGCCCUUGCCAAGAGGCCGUGGAGGAGGGGAGAGGAAGGAGGAGAGGAGAGAGAGAGAGUGCAACUCUUCAACUGGCAGACUACUGACUCUCAUUACAGAGCCCUUCUUCCACAGUAUGAAUCUCUCCUGUUGGAGCCAGACCCAAUCCCAGUCUACGCUCUCAAGCUGCUGGUGGCCCUCACAGAACACAGCAGCCCCGUCAACAGCCUGGUCAGAGACAGCAGGAUCCUACCUGUUGUCUUUCAACUCAUGGCGGAGCACCAGGACAAUAUCCUGGGUGGAACCAUGCAGAAGGCCAUGGCUCUCCUCAGCAACCUGACUGGACAGAAAGACGUGGACCUACAACCCUUCUACCAACAAGGUCUGGUGGAGGUGGUCUGCAGUGUCUUCAGCAAGGCAGCCAUCCUGUAGUGGAGAGAGAGGAGAGGCCUGGGAGGAAGAGUAGCCAUGAUCUCCUGUUGUCUCUACUGGACACUCUGCACAAUGUACUGACCAGCACAUCCAGAGUGGUGCGCAUUGCACUCCAGGGAGCUGAGUCCCCAGGGAGAGACCAGGCUGCAGAGGAACUCCUGCUCAUCAACAAACCUCUG